AUGUCCGCAACCAUCGACUUCACCACCUUCCACAACAUCGUCGCCGGCCGGCCGCGCACCGCCCCGACCUCCUACUCGGGCACCUCGCCCAUCACGCGGGCCAAACUGUGGGACGCGCCUGUCGCGACGCAGCAGGACGUGGACGAUGCGGUCGUUGCAGCCCAAGCGGCGUUUCCAGGGUGGGCCGCGACGCCGUAUGCAGAGCGGACGCGCCUGCUGGGGGAAUUCGCGGAUUUGUAUCUGCGGCAUGCGGAGAGUUUUGUGGAGUUGUUGAUGGAGGAGACGGGGAGGAGUCGUCAAACAGCCGCCAUCGAGGUCUACUGGGCAGCCAACUGGCUGAGAUAUCCGGCCCAGUUCGAGAUCCCGCAAAAGAAAUACGAAGAUGACGAGCAGGUGAUUAUUACCAAAUAUGAGCCGUUGGGCGUGGUGGCGGCGAUUUGUCCGUGGAAUUUCCCCCUCAUGCUCGCAAUCGGCAAAAUCGCCCCCGCCAUCGCAACAGGGAACUGCGUUAUCGUGAAGCCUUCCCCAUUCACCCCCUACACAGCCCUGAAACUGAUCGAACUCGCACAACAAGUCUUCCCCCCCUCGACCAUGCAAGUGCUAGGCGGCGACGCCACCCUCGGCCCAGCGCUGGUGCGCCACCCCUCCAUCCAGAAGAUCUCCUUCACGGGGUCCACGGCGACAGGCAAGGAGGUGAUGCGGGGGUGCGUGGAGACCAUGAAGAGGGUUACGUUGGAGAUGGCAGGUUCCAACCCCUCCCUCAUUCUCCCAGACAUCGACAUCGCCACCACGGCGGCGCAAAUCGCCGGCGGACUGUGGUUCAACGCGGGCCAGGUCUGCAUCAACGCGCGACGACUGUACAUCCACGCGUCGAUAUACGAGGAGUUUGUGGCUGCGUUGGCGGACACGACGAGCGCGAUGAGCAGGGAUCUGGAGGGGAGUGUGGGGCCGGUGCAGAAUGCAAUGCAGUUUGAGAAGAUUGGACAGGCUUUGAGGGAGUGUAGGGAACGGGGGUAUAAGUUUGCGGCGGGGGGGGACACUCAUGAUGGAAAUGGGGGUGGGGAUGAGGAUAAUGAUGGGCUGUGGAUCAGGCCGGUCGUCCUGGAUAAUCCGCCUGAUGGGGCGGGGAUUCUGGUGGAGGAGGUUUUUGGCCCCAUCAUCCCCUGCAAACCAUUCCACACCGUCGACGAGGCCAUCACCCUAGCGAACGGCACCGCCAGCGGACUGAGCGCGAUCGUCUGGACGAAGGAUGCAAUUCUGGCAGAGAAGAUCGCAAGCCGGCUCGAAGUCGGGAACGUGUUUAUCAACGGCGCCCCGAAGCCGAAUCCGGCGGUGCCGUUCGGGGGCCACAAGCAGAGUGGCAUGGGGGUCGAGUAUGGGCUGGAGGGACUGUUGAGUUUCUGUCAGAUUAAGGCCGUUCAUAUGUACAAGUGA